CACUUUUUCACUGAAGCGUGUGCAGGAAUAGUUUCCUGCUCCCAGAAGAAACAACAUAAAAGUGAAAAUUCACAAAAAAACAAGAACUACUAGAGAGCAUUUAAACAACUGGAACCUCUGAACCUGUAUCUGGACCUUUAUCUCUAAAGUGUUAGCAGAAUCACUGGCGUGUCAACAUGUGUACUGGAAAGUGUGCCAAGUUUAUUGGGGUAUCUUUGUACCCCUUGGCAGUUGCUGCGAUCAUCUGUAACAUUUUGCUCUUCUUUCCUGCUUGGGAUACUAAAUACGUGCUGGAGGAUAAUAAAGGUGGCAACAAGACCAUUACAGAAGAAGUGAAGUAUAUGGGUGGCCUCGUUGGUGGAGGUAUCAUGGUCUUGAUCCCUGCCAUUCAUAUCCAUGCCACAGGGAAACAGGGCUGCUGUGCCAAUCGAUGUGGGAUGUUCCUGUCCAUUGCAUUUGCUGCAGUAGGGGUUGUUGGCAGCCUUUACAGUUUGGUGGUGGCCUCUCUGGGCCUUGUGAAUGGACCAACAUGUCUAUUUGAAGACAGCGAAAAACAGCUUACAUGGGGCACUCCGUUUAUGUCCAACAAAGAGUUUGGGAAUGACAGCUACUUGUUUGAUCCAAAUUCAUGGAACAAGUGCAAACAACCAGAAAACGUGGUUGAGUUCAAUGUUAUCCUCUUCUCCAUCCUGCUGGUACUCGGCAUCUUGGAGACGCUCCUGUGUGCCUUUCAAAUGAUCAAUGGGCUCUUCGGCUGUCUGUGUGGCACAUGCGGGAAGAAAGGGCGGCAAGCCUAAGACUCCAUUUUGAACUCCUUUCACCCUGAUGAUGGACGCAUUGAUGGUCAUUUUCCAGUUGUUUGACUGAAGGCACACACCAAAUUGAGCUGAAUGUAGUUAGUCAUUUAUGUCACAAAAAGAACUUUUUAAUGUAUGUUCGUUCCUUGAAUUGU